CACAAAAUCAAAUCUGCAAGUUGCAUGAAAUAAUUUUCGGUUUUAAGGUGCCACAAAAAUCAAAAUCAGCAAAACAGGUCUUUUGUGUUCUGUCUCUGAUAGUGACAGCUGACAGUAAGCCCUAAGUUGUUUACCAACUUUCUACUGAAUAUCUGUGUUGUUUACUUAUCUGUUGAAAUCCAAGAUUCAUUUCUGAAUAAAAAAAAUCUAACAUCAUACAUCAACAUGAAGGUGAAACAGAAAGUAUCUCACGUGGGAAUUGAUGAUGCAUUGAAUGGUCUUCAUCUUUCCAAUCCUCAAAAAAACAAGAGAAGAUUGUCUGGUAUUGGAAAAAGUUCAGUACCAUCAAUAGAUAGGUCUGCAGAGACUGAUAAAAGUCAUCCUUCCACUUCUGAAGACCAUCAACCGACAAUGGAUAGCAGCAAGGAAGAGCAAGAACCUGUUAUACGAAGAACCACUAGGAAGAAAUCUGCCCCAGUUAGGUGGGAUCCCCAAAAUUCUGUGAUAAAGAAGAAAACAUUGGACACAUCUGAUGAAGCAGAGGUUCAGAAGUAUUAUCUCAAUAAAAAUUUCAAAAAAGUAGCGGCAUCAUUAGAAACUAUUUAUGAAGAAGGAGCUCAAAUGGAAAACUCCCAUAAAAUAAUGGGAAAUAAGAAAUUCAGGAGGUUCCUUCAGUUUGAGAAAGUAACUAAAGGAAAAAUUAAGAAAAGAAAAGAGAAAGCACAAAAAUUUUGUCUGAAAAAAAAAACUAUUAAAGCAACCCUUAAUGAGUUGUAUAAAAAACUUUCUUUUCUUGAAGGGGAAGACUGCUAAUAUUAUACCGUUUUAUAUGUUUUAGUUAGAGACUUUUUUAUUUAACUUCAUUUUGUCAAGUAUUCGAAUUCUGUGAAUUUAUCCCUAAUCUACAAGGAAUUAUCUUGUAACAAUUCCUUUUUGAUAAAAUGAGUUUGUUUACACCGAGUAUAUGGUGAGAUCAAGACUUACUGUAAAAUAUUAUAGUUCUACUUGAAGAAUAAGAUAAAUA